GAGCUUGAGCGGCUUGAAACUGAGAGGAGGAGGACGGUGACCUCUCGGCGGCCCGCCUUUCUUGACUGCAGCCUUCAUCCUCCCGGCCCUAACCUUAACUCUAACGCUGAAAAAUAGCGCUAGUGGUAGAUUUGGUUCUCGUUUCCUCUGCGGAUCGGCCGCCGGGAGAAUGGGGAUGGCCUCCCAGGACGCGAUCAAGCAGCUCGCUGCGCUCAUGGACCAAGUGGAGGAGUCGCUGAAGAGCACAUUUCAGAACAUGCACCAGGGAUAUCCAAAUGAAACUUUCGUGCGCUUUCUCAAAGCAAGAGAGUGGAAUGUCGGUAAAGCUCAUAAAAUGUUGGUGGAUUCCUUGAAUUGGAGAAUUCAAAACAGGAUUGACAACAUUUUGUCUAAACCCAUAAUUCCAGCAGACCUAUAUAGAGCAAUACGCGAUUCACAGCUCAUAGGAUUGUCUGGAUAUUCAAAGGAGGGGCUUCCAGUGAUUGCAAUUGGUGUUGGACACAGCACCUUUGAUAAAGCAUCUGUCCACUACUAUGUGCAGUCACACAUUCAAAUUAAUGAGUACCGGGAUCGUGUAGUUCUGCCUGCUGCAACAAAGAAGUAUGGGCGGCAUAUAGGCACAUGCCUGAAGGUCUUGGAUAUGACUGGGCUAAAGCUUUCUGCAUUAAGUCAAAUAAAGCUAUUAACCAUCAUAUCUACUGUUGACGACCUAAACUAUCCAGAGAAGACAGGAACUUACUAUAUAGUCAAUGCUCCAUAUAUAUUUUCCGCAUGCUGGAAGGUUGUGAAGCCUCUUUUGCAAGAAAGGACAAGAAGGAAAGUGCGAGUACUGCAAGGUUGUGGCCGAGAUGAGUUAUUGGAGGUAAUGGAGUAUGAGUCUCUUCCACAUUUCUGUAGAAGAGAAGGAUCUGGAUCGUCUCGUUAUUCUCCAGGAGCUGAUGACUGCUUCUCCUUAGAUCAUCCUUUUCAUCAACAGCUCUACAGCUACAUCAAGCAGCAAGCCUUACACCAGGAAUUCGUUGCUCCCAUCAAACAAGGGUCCUUCCAUGUAGAUGUGCCUGAAUCAGACCUUGAGGGAACAAACAUUGUUAAAACUAUAGAGUCUGAGCUCCAUAACAUUGAUGACCGAAAUGGGCUUCCUCACUCAAUGAACAAGCUUAAAAUUGACAGUGCAUGAAAGUGCACUUGCUAGGGAUAAUAUUUAAAACUACAGUUUGCCCUUGCUAAUCCCCUAACAAAGGUUUGUGCAGUAAAUCAGUUUGAGUUCUGUUGUUUUUCCGUCCAGACACAAUUGUUGAUGUACAAGAAGUGGGUGCGCCCCCUCAGUGCUGGCUCUAUAGGAGGGUGGAGACAGCAACAAAGGCCCUCUAAUAUUUAGCCCGGUAGGGGGAGAGAGUUGCAAGUCAUAGUGUAACUUAAUCUGAAAAUAUAUCGCAAAUGUUCGGUAGUCUAAAUACUUAUUUCUCUAGGUUAAAUGUUACCAGAAGCUUGUAGUAUUUUGCAUAUUGAAGUAUAUGUUGUAUGUUGUAUGGCCUGCUCUAAUUUUCAGGGCAUAAUAAAAUGAAUUUUUCUGAUAACA